AUGGGUGCUAUCAUAUCUAGACUAGCAAAGAGGUUUCUUACAAAAUGUGAGAUGAGGAUUCUGAUGGUGGGUCUUGAUGCUUCUGGGAAGACCACCAUCUUGUACAAGCUCAAACUGGGAGAGAUUGUUACAUCCAUACCUACAAUUGGUUUUAAUGUGGAGACUGUAGAGUACAAGAAUAUUAACUUCACUGUCUGGGAUGUAGGAGGACAAGAUAAGAUUCGACCUUUAUGGAGACAUUACUUUCAAAAUACUCAAGGACUAAUCUUUGUCGUGGACAGCAAUGAUAGAGAAAGAGUUGCAGAAGCCAGGAAUGAGCUACAUCGUAUUAUUGUUGAGUUUGAAUUAGGCAAUGCCGUCCUUCUUGUCUUUGCCAAUAAGCAGGACCUUCCAAAUUCUAUGAGUGCUUCUGAGGUUGCUGAUAAACUUGGCCUAUACUCACUCAAUCAGCGUCCCUGGUACGUCCAGAGUGCUUCUACCACCUCUGGCCAAGGACUAUAUGAAGGUAUUGACUGGUUAUAGAACAACAUUUCUAACAAAACUACAUGAUAUGAUCUCUUCCCAAUGCCUCUUACAACAACUAAGAUGUGGAAAAUUAUACCAAUUAAGUUUGACCUGGGUUUAAUCACUAGAACCAAAUGUGAUAAGUACUAAAAAGAGGAGUUUUUGUGAAAACCCAACCUAAUUGGAGCAUUAGUGGAGAACUCUCCUAAGCAGGCCGGCAAACAUGUAUUUCAAAUUUAAAUUGUGAUAUCUCAAGCAGCAGUUGGUACUUGGUAGUGAAACAACUCUUAUCUGCAAAUAUUAUAUGAUAAAUU